UCGAAAGUCGACUUUGGGAUCCCUAUCCACUACCAACAUAAAUCCAGUGAAGCCUCUGGGUUUUCUGUAUUAUUGUGUAUUAGCUUACAGCAGUUUUCCAAGGUUCAGUAAAACAAACAUUUGCAUAAAAUAGUGUUUUUUUUAUCGUAGCCCAAAUACAUCAGUCCAGCCAUGGAAAACUACGGCAACGAGAUUGGGCAGAAAAUGAGAAGUGCUGUCAAGGCAAAGCUCCAGGAGCUGGGUUCCGCAGGAUAUAUUGAUGACGAGCUUCCCGAUUACGUGAUGAUAAUGGUGGCCAAUAAGAGGAGCAAGCAGCAGAUGAUAUCCGACCUGAACUUAUUCUUGGGAAACCAAACGGAGCUGUUCGUUACAUGGUUACAUGAAGUUCUGCAAAAAUUGCAGGAAGUUACACUGCCAGCCAUUGCCUCGUCAUCGAAAAAACGUAAAUCGUCACAAAAGGAGGACACGACCCAAUCAUCGGCGCCGUCCAAUAAGAAGGAUAAAAAACAGUUGAAAAAGGACAAAUUGCCAGUUAAAAAAUUGAAAGAUGGUAGCCCAGACAAACAUGUGUCCGGCAAAACUUCCAACUCUAUUCGAGAUAUGUUUGCUGAGGAGUUGUUGGAGAAAGCCAAGCAAAAUAUAAGCGCCACCGCAGAUAUUGCCCAAAACAUCAAAAAAGGCAAGAUAAAGGCAGCAGUUGAAGAGGAUGCGGAUACCUCAUCCGAGCAGGCAAAUGAAACACAAGACUUCGAUAUACCUACAAUAUCGGAGAUAUCGUCCACAACAGGGGCUAAUAUCAUGAAACCUUCAAAGGAGACACCAAUAAUAUCGGGAAAUCGAGAAAAGGAUUUGGCAGAGCUGGCAGAGAUUCAAAAGAAGAUAUAUGCAGCUAAAAGGCAACUGAAACAAAUCGGAGAACUGGACGAUGAUGAAUAUGAUGAAGAUUUUAUAACAAUUCGAGAGGAUGAAAGUAGGGAGGCUUUCAACGAAACCGUUGACAUGCAAACGACGCCCCCUGCUAAAACUCAACGCACAAAAGUAAAAAGUCCAAUUGUAUUUGAGAAAGAAGAGACCAUAAAAAAUAAAGAAGCAGAUUACGAUGAAGAUGUAGGUAGUUCAAGGCGCAAUCGUUUUACACCUCCGCUUAGUAACGCGGCAUCAGGUAUUCGUGGCAAUAGCUCCUCUAGGGAUGAAGUAUCUGAGAGGGCCAAACGACCGGUUCACGAACGUCUGGGAAUGAAGAGCUCGGCAUCGACACUCAAAGAACCUACAAAAUCGACUCAACAUGUAUCUCGCGACAGGAGGAGGAAUUUACAGGAAAAAGAGCUCUACGUUCCGGCAUUCAGGCGCAAAGAAAUGGAGAGAGAAAGAGACAGAACACGUGACGUGGAAAGGGACCUCAGUCGAGAUAGAGAACGGGGAAACUUAAGAGACAGAGGGCGUGAUAGAGAACGGGAACGUGCUCGAGAAAGUGAUGGCAGUGGUAUAUCAAGAGGACGUUCACGUGUUCGACGGUCGGCUGAAGAUAGAGAAAAACGCCGCGCAUCUCCAGAAAAGAUAAACGACGUCAGAAGUUCUAGCCAGGUGGGAAAAAUUAGCACAACCACAUUUAGCAGCAGCGCUGAUAACUCACCAGAUGGAAACUCUUCUUCGCGUAAGCGCAUAGGCUCCCGCGUAAUAGUAGCUCCUGCAAAAGUUAUGGAUCCAUCCGAUGAAGAGGAUAUUAGUGAUAAGCCUGUAAACUCUGUCAUUAAAAUAAAACCUCGAGCGACGGUGUCACCUAGUAAACAGGCGCCAAAAAAUUUACUUCUGCGUGCUGUAGCUGAAGCGCAGAAGUCUACAAUUCUAAAAAGACUCAACCCCUCAAAACCUAAAAUAAGUUCACGUUUGGGGGAAAAGGUGGUGCCUGAACGCAAUACCAAGCUGUACUCAAAAUCAUUUAGAGAUCGUCGUAAAACUACUUCCAGUGUUGGCGCGAUAUUCUCUCGAACAGCUCAAAAUUUAAUUGUGGAAGUUAAUGGAAGGCCCAAGGAAAGGUAUCCGUCAUCAUCGCAUGGCCAAUUAGAGGAUGAAGAGGAAUAUAUUCCGGAAAUAGUCUCCGACAAGGGGGAAUCAGAGCCAGAUCUAAUUUACGUGCCGCAAGCCAUAAAAACAAAGAAGCCCUUAAACGACGACGAAGAGGAAAACUGGAGCACCGGAAACGAAAGCUGUUAUGAGCACAUCGACCUGGUUGAGGACGUUGUGCAGCGAACGCCAGAUAAUAACACACAAUUUGUGGUCACUUUAAAUGAUGAAAAGACUUUUCCCAAGCUAAAACGCCGUGGGAAACCACAUUACUCAAUAUCACCAUCUCCGCCACCACAAGUGUCAUCAUCAUCCAAUAACUCGAAGGAUCGCGAAAAGUACGCUGAACCAACAUCAACCUCAGGCACGUUGUCAUCUCGCAGAUCCAAUGCCAAGGAGAGAAAAUCCAGCAAGGUAUCGGGCAACGAGCACGAGUCGUCACCAUUUACUUUGGAGGGCAGCACAACACCUCCUAAGCGUUCCGAACUCAUUGAAGUUUAUCGAAAGCCCAAAGAGGUUAAAAAAAUCAUCAUACAAAAUGAUUCAGAAGAUGAUGAUAUGAGUCCCACGAAAAAGCGUUCUCCCGACAAGGACAGUCGCAAUAAGCGUAGCAAGGAUCAAGACUAUAAGUCGGAAACACCACCCCUUAAGACUGGCACUCGGUCAAAAGAAUCUCUAACGCCUUCAAAGCGCAAACACGCUCCCAUUAAAUUCGACUUGGACCACGAAGCCAAAGAUAAAAAAGAAAGUCAAAGGGAAAGUCCCAUACCGUCAAAGAAGAGGCGGUCUACAUCAGGUGAUCGCAGUAGAGAUCGAGAGAGGGAUAUUUCCCAUGAGAGGCGAGAGGAAAAGCGUAAAAUAUCCAUUUCGAUACGAAACACAGAAGGCAAGAAAUAUGAAAAUGUGCCCAGCUCAUUAAACUCCGUACCCGUCGAUUCGUCAGCCUACCGCAAUAACAAGCCCAAGGAGAGAUGCAAAUAUCAUCCAAAUUGUACCAAGAGUUUUUGCGAGUUUUAUCAUCCAACUACUACUUGCAAAUCGUUUCCUAAUUGUAAAUACGCCGAUAAAUGCAUAUAUUCGCAUCCAAGAUGCAAGUACGACUUGGCCUGUGUAAAUUUGGACUGCAACUUUUCGCACAGCGGUCCAAGGAGUACAAGUCUUCUAGAACCAGCUGCCCCGCCCCUCUCCUCCUCCGUGGUACCUGUACAGAACUACAAGUCAAUAUCAUCUGCCACAGUCACGGGACCUGUGUCGGCAACGACUUGCAAAUUCUUUCCGAAUUGCACCAAGUCGGCUUGUCCCUUCUACCACCCAAAACCCUGUCGCUAUGGCAAGAAUUGUAUAAAUAAAUUAGAAUGUUUAUUUUAUCACCAUGAAGUACUCAGUAGCAGCAAAUUCAAAUGGGUGGCAUCCAAUUAAGAUGGCACGGUAUGACCCUUCGCUUGUUAACCCCUUUUCUAGGGGGUACAAUUAUUAAAUAGAUUUUUAACUUAUUUCAACUACUAUGAAUCGUUUUGAAUUGCAAUCUUAAUAAUAAAAAAAAAACUUUGCGGAUGAUGAUGUUAAGCAAAACCAAAAACAAAGGAAAAAAAAUAAGAAAACAGAAUGGAAAAAAUAAAAAUGAAAAACAAAAAUUAUGUUUAAGCUAUUCAUCACUUGCUGCUCACUCUCUCUCCCCCUCACCCAAACUUGCGCAUUUCGAUUCUAUGCUAUUUUUUACCUAUUAUUUAACAUGUAUGAUUUAUUUAUUCUCAAAAUAUAUAAUACAGUCUUAUAUAUAAAUAUCGUAAUAGUAGUAGUAGUAGUAGUAGUUAUAAUAUUAAUAAUACAUAUACAUGCGUUGAAAUAAGUUCAUUUAAAUAUAAAAUAUUAAAAAAUGAUCUAUUCUCAAAAUCAAGUCACAAAAAAUUAGUUAUUUCGAUUCAAAAUAAUUCGGUCUUGUAGUUUGACUAAAAUAAGGUCUAUAAACGUAGGCUGAUCUAGGGUUUGGUGUAGAUUGUAAAAAAUGUUUUGUCAUUUGUUUUUUCUAAAUAUAUACAUGCGUUCACCAACAACCACUGUGUUGAAAUAAUAGCAGGUGUUAGCAUUUGAAUUGUACUGAAAUAAAAAAGCACUGCCAAUUUAUUGAACUUUAA